AUUUGGUUGGUUUCUUCUCCUUUGUUUUUCUUCUAUUCUAUGGAAUCCACCCUCUCUUUUUUGCAUUUUUCACAUAUCCGAAUUCUCUCUCUCCAAGCUUCUCCCUCUUCUCUCUCUUUUUUCCACCGAUAACCGUUUUCUACCGAUUCUCUUCCUCGAGUCGCCAUUCUCAUUACUGAUCCGCGUUGUCGAUUCUGCUCCGAUUCUUAUCCUACACGUGCAGCUUAUCACCUGUUUUCCAAUACACCGACUCAAUUUGAAGUUGAUGUAAUCAUGAUAGAUCAACUUUGUAGUAUACAAACGAUAUCACCAAGUCAGCAGGGGUUCUAAAGGUACACGUUGACAUACUGCUUGCUGUUUGUGGAUCGCUUCUACCAUGAAAAGUGGAUUAUUGGUGAUAUUAAAUGCUUCAUGCUACAUUUCAAAUCUAAACUACAUAUUCAAACCAAAUUCCAACACAGUGUUGACAGUUAGAUGUCUCUUCAUGGAAUCCGUUCCAGUCUCUUUGAAGUGUUAUCGGCUAUAGUGUUAUAAAUUUAAAAAAUGGAAAGGUAUAAAAUUUUGAAAGAGCUUGGACAUGGUUCUUGCGGUCAUGUAUAUAAAGCCCGUGAUACGAGAACUUUUGAGAUUGUUGCUGUCAAAAGGUUGAAAAGAAAGUUUUGCUUUUGGGAAGAAUACACAAAUUUAAGAGAAGUUAAGGCCCUCCGUAAAAUGAAUCAUCCAAAUAUCAUAAAGUUGGGAGAAGUUGUUAAAGAAAAUAAUGAACUCUUUUUAAUUUUUGAAUACAUGGAUUGUAAUCUUUAUCAAUUAAUAAAAGAGAAAGAAAAACCCUUUUCGGAGGAAGAGAUACGAUGCUUGAUGAAGCAAGUGCUCCAAGGACUUAGUCACGUGCACAAGAAAGGAUUCUUUCACCGGGAUUUAAAACCUGAAAAUUUGCUGGUGUCAAAUGAUGUUCUUAAAAUUGCUGAUUUUGGACUCGCUAGAGAAGUAUCAUCAAUGCCUCCAUAUACUCAAUAUGUUUCCACACGGUGGUACAGAGCUCCUGAAGUUUUGUUGCAGUCCGCAUGCUAUACUCCUGCUGUUGACAUGUGGGCUAUUGGUGCUAUAUUAGCUGAGCUUUUUACUUUGACCCCCAUAUUUCCCGGUGAAAGUGAAAUAGAUCAACUGUACAAAAUAUACUGCAUUCUUGGUAUGCCAGAUUCAACUUGUUUCACCAUAGGUGCAAACAACUCUAGGCUAUUGGACUUUGUACGCCAUGAAGUUGUUCCACCUAUGAAGCUUUCUGAUAUCAUUCCAAAUGCUAGCAUGGAAGCUAUUGAUUUAAUCACACAAUUGUUAUCAUGGGACCCAUCUAGAAGACCAGAUGCGGAUCAGUCACUGCAACAUCCUUUUUUCCAUGUGCAUACAAGGGUUCCUCGUUCACUCGGUGAUCCACUCGAGCUGAAGCUGAGUAACAAGAGGGCAAAGCCAAAUCUUGAGUUGAAAUUGUAUGAUUUUGGCCCUGAUCCCGAUGAUUGUUUUCUUGGCUUGACAUUGGCUGUAAAGCCCAGCGUUUCAAACUUAGAUGUGGUUCAAAAUCCAUCGCGUGGUAUGGGAGAGAAUAUGCUAUUUUGCUCGAAUUUUAAUGAUCAUCAAGAUCAAUCAGUUUUUUGGUCAUUAUUAUCUCCUGAUCAGAAUGGAGUUCACAACUCAGCAGAGACUUCAUUAUCAUUGUCAUUUGGAUCUGUUCAACACCAGCCAAUUGGAAUUCCACAGACAGCGGGGUUUUCUUUUCAGCCUUUGCAGCCUAACAUCUUAACUACACCAUUUUUGACACCGUCUUCUCCGUUCCAGCGCCGGCAUUUCCUUUGAAUGAUUGUCUGAGCUUUGAUCAAUGCUGCAAGAUCUUGAAUCUCUUGAUAAUGCAUCAAACAGUUUUUUUUUACCGAGGUUAAUUGUUUGUACAGCUUUGUUUAGCAUUAAAAAUAGCUUUACAUUAUCAUGAAAUAUGUGUAUCAUACAAAUAUUUGAUCUCAUUGGAGUUUGUAAUAUUAACAGCUACCCUUUUUUUUCGGGCGUCAAAUAAUUCCGAAGGGAAUGUAACCCUAAAUAUAAGGAUGCUACUUUUCCCCUCCCUA